AGAUUUCAACUAAUGUGAAGGCUGACGUUGUUUGCAUUGAAGGAAAAGGUUCUAAACAAGUUUUAAAUAUCUCCGAACCGAUCAAAGUGGAUGGUUUGGUUAUUUCGGUUUUAGAAACCUUAGAUAUUGCACUAAAUAAGUAUUGGUCUGUGUCCCCAGACGUUGGGCUCUUUGCCACCAUAUUGGACCCUCGAACAAAAAAGUUAAAAAAAUUUACCGAGGCUGAAAGACAAAGGGCAAUCGCUUUGCUCAUUGAUAGAUAUGAAAUUUAUAAUGUAAAUGAUAACAAUGAAAAUAAAUCGGAAUCACAAAAUGAUGCGGAUUUAUUAAAUAAUAAAUCCAUAAUGAAUAUGAUAAUGGAAGAUGAGGAAAGUUCCGAUGAGGAAGAAGAGAAUGAAAUUAAUAUUUAUUUGAAAAAUAAGGCUAAUAGGGAUAUCUUGCCAUUAAGUUGGUGGGAAAAUAAUGAAAAGAAAUUUACGUUUUUGAGCAAGAUGGCUAAGGAAUAUUUAGCCAUCCCUGUUACAUCAACAGAUAACAUUAUUCUUUUCAACGCAUCUCUUUCUUCUACGUCACGACCUGAAUUAGUUUCAUUACACAAAUAG